AUGCUGCGAGGACUGUCUUUUCUUCGGUAAGUUAUUAUUAGUAUCGGCUUUUAUUUCUUAUACAAAUUGUAAGAUUCAACUUAUCAAGAGUGUUUUAAAUAUUGGUUUUAGGGCAAAAGUGUUAACAAAUGGAAUUCGUGGGAUUUCCAGAAGCUCAAGACUUCUAUCAGACGAUCUGAAGGUUGCGGAACCAGAUGAAAAUGGAGAAGAAAAAACAAACUUUAGAGUGCUUCACGAGUUUCUAGAUACGGAUAACUUUGGCAUUGAAGAAUUAAGACCAAAAGACCGGCCAGGAAGAGAAUGGACAUUAAAUGAACUCAGAUUGAAGAGUAAUUCAGACCUACAUAAACUCUGGUAUGGGUUUCUGUUUUUUCUUUUAUUUUUAGGUUUUUAAUAUAAUGUAUUUCUACUUUGAUUUACAACUUUGAUGUAUUUGAAAUAGGUAUUAACUUACAAACAUUAUAUUUCGAAUAAACUUAUUAUUUUAGGUAUGUUUUACUUAAAGAGAGGAACAUGUUAAUGACGAUGAAGGCUGCUUGUGAGAAAAGAGGUUUAUAUUUUGCGAAUCCGGAGAGAAUGGAUAGAGUGGAAGAGGUUAGUUAAAUUUAUUUUAAUGAAUUGUUAAAUUAUGUUUUUUCUUUGUUAAAAUAUGUUUUAAAAUUACAAUCCAAACUUUAAAGUGUAAUUUUAUUUAAUGGUUUAUGAAAUACUUAUUUUUUCAGAGUAUGGAGAAUUUACAAGAAGUUGUGCAUGAGAGGAAUGACGCUGUGCUGCGCUUGGAAACUGGAGAUUCUGCGUCUCCAAGGAUGCGCAGGAUAACUUCAAAAAUUGGAUUUACAUAUGAGUAUGUUUCUAUGACUUAUAUCAUUAGUGAAGUCUUGAGUUGUUUUGUUUUAUAUGGUAGCAUGUUUUUUCUAUAAGUGAAUUUAUCUCAAUACUGUAAUCAGGGACGUCGCUAUGGUUUUUCUCUGGGGGAGGGGGUGGAGACCCAAAAAAUUUUUUGGUCCACAGGUAGCUCCCCGAACCACCCCCCCCAAACGACGUCCCUGACUGUAAUUAUUAUGUAAAAAUUGUUUUUUUUAAACUUCCAGUAAGCCAGCUGAAGAACAUUACGAGCCAUUUGAAGUGUCAAGAAGGAAAGAGUACGAGAAACCUUAUUUAGAUGAAGAGGAAUACAUUACCCAAACAUUGUGGAAUGAAAAACAAGAAAUGAAACGUCGGAUUGCUGUUAACGAUGAGUAUUUGAAGAUUGAGUUUGAUAAGGAUAAAGAAAUCUUCAAACGGGGACUUCGACGACACUUCAAACACGUUGAUCAUUUGCCAGAAAGCGUGGUGAAACAGCGGAAAGAAGAGACUCAAAGACAAAUCGAGCAGAACUUUUAG